AUGGGGACCCUGGGGAAGGCAAUCUACACGGUGGGGUUUUGGAUCCGGGAGACGGGACAGGCGCUGGACCGCCUCGGAUGCCGCCUCCAGGGCAACUACUACUUCCAGGAACAGCGUAAGGAGCAAUGGGUCUGCCAUUCCGUUUUUUCCCCAUUUCAGCCUCUCGGGAUCCCUCUUGGAUCGAUAUGUUGAAUGCGACCUUCCCCCCAUCUUUCUGACUGCAACGAGCUGCCUAUCUCUCACUUUAUCAUUAUUUAGGGUGUAAACUGGAAGGCAUGGGUGGGUCGUUGCAUAUCUGGGCGUAAACUGGGAUUCGAAAGUUGCAGUCUAUUCUUACUGAUUGCCUCAAAUUUCUUAAAGGUCGUCCAUACUUAUGUAUUAUUCACUUAGUAAAACUCUGAGGUUCCCAGAUUUUUGUUUUGAGAAAUUGGGACUUCAUGGGCGAUGUGAUUCUUUUCUUUGUAGUGAUCAAUUCAUUUUCCUGUCUAGAACCAGAAAGGAGGAAACAUAAAUUUUUAGUAUGUUGAUUAACCACUCUUUUGUUUGGUGUUUGCCCUGCUGUGAUAGACGGUGUGGAACAAGUAACCCUUAAAUCUCAUUAUCAUCGUUAUAUGGAGGCUCUCGUCGUUGAUGAAUUAUCCUUUCAUUUUUCUCAUAAUGUUUUGUUAAACUGUUUGCCGAAUGCUAGCAUCAUAUCCUUCUCCUGAUACACUAGGCUUAUUGCUAUCUGAUUCUUGAACCUUUAGCAAAUAUUUUGGGGUCUUAAUGUCAUGUCUGAAUGCUACCUAACUUAUCCGCUUAUGAAAUGAAAUUUGUGUGUUGAACCAAAUUUUUUAAUUGGAUCGAACUAAAUUAUCAGGAGACGAUCUAAUGUGCCCAUACUUGUGUUGUUGAGAUUGAUUGUUUGUUGAAUAUUGGUGUGAAGACUAAAAGGCAGACGCUGGUUUAUUUGCACAAAGAAGCAUGCUGCUUUUUUCUCUGAGAAUUCGUUCCCACGUCCGCAAGAAGGUUGGAUAGGAUUUCAGUCCUACAUUUGUGUUAGACUGGAUACACCAAAUUAUCUAUUUUAUUGAUUGUUGCAAUAUCUAUUGGUUUCAAAAAUGAUUUUCUAAGUAGAUCUGACGCAAAAUUUAGUUGAUUGGAUAUCAUGCAAUGAAGUGAAUGUGCCGCUUCAAAAUUAGUAAGGAUUCAUGUUCUUUUCAUCUUUCUUGUGAUAGGAGUUAUCUUGCAAUAGGCAUCACUUAAUUUCCUAGAUGUCUGGUAGGUUUUUUUAAUUAUCAGUUGAUGCGUUUCUUGUACUUUUCUUUAUUUACAAGUUCUUCUUUUUGUCAUUCUUUCUUGCUAUUGAUUUGAUCAUUUCAUGUUUCUGGCACUGAAUCACACAUUACGUUCAUUCAGUAUUUCACGUGGGGAAGUUGGAGCAUAGACGGAUGAGGCUUGUCCAAAUACUACGUUGUCUGAUAUUUAAUUUUUCUUGCCAUGGAUUUGUGGUGCUAUCUGGCACAUUAUCGCUCAUGGAAUCAAAUAUGAUUGGGUUUACUCUGCAAAUGGGAAUGAAUUAUUGUUAUAUCCUUAAAUAAAGGUUUAAUCACAAGUGCAGUUACAUAUUUAGAUUGUGCUAGUUUGAGCACCCUCCUUCCCCUGGAGGUACCAUCCCUCUCAGGCUACAUACUCGUCCUUUGAGGCUGCAGUCCCCUUCACCCUACGCCCCACUCUCCCUGUCUAGCUGCCUCCUCCUUCAUGUCCAUUUUAAAUUCUGGGAUGAUGUUAUCAGUCAAGUUGCUGAACUUUUUUGUUUAUAUUUAUCUUGAAACUUUAAGUUUGUAACUGAUUCACGUCUGCUUUGCACCACAUUUUCCAGAUUAACAUUGAUAUUUUUUUCACCUUUCAGUCUCUAGACAUCGGACUCUCAUGAAUAUUUUUGACAAGGUACCGAGUGUUGACAAGAGUGCAUUUGUUGCCCCAAGUGCAUCUAUGAUUGGUGAUGUGCAAGUUGGGCGGGGAUCGUCAAUUUGGUAUGGUUGUGUUUUGAGAGGUAAGUACUUUCUAGAGUUCUAGACUGUUUGUUGUUUUUGCAUUAAUUUUCGUAUGAAUUUCCAUAUUUUGAUGAUGCCACCCCAUUUGCCAGAUUUUUUUCUAAUUUGUGAUCCGGUAGUUUGAAUAUUUUUAUUGUGGGAGUAAUUUAUUUAUACAAAUUUUUAACUCCUUUCUGGAAUUUUUCAAAAAAUCGAUAAACAUGAUGUAAACAGUUCUUGACGUUGAAUAAAAUUUGUGAUUGUAACUCCAAAUAAUAGAUUCUUAUCUGGAAAUGUAUAGAAUGCUUCUCCUCUUGCUUUUCGUUGAUAAAUAAUCUUUUAUGUACUGUCAUAUUUCUUUUCUUUAGGUGUGACAAUAGGUUUGUUAGUAUGUAUGAAUUUUUUAUCACAAUUUUUAUUUUUUUUACGAGAUGUUAGAUUGCUCGUGUUCUUUUUCAUAUCUGCAGUGGAAUCUAAGUCGACUUUACUGAUAAAAUUUAGAAUAAAUUUAAUGUUCUUAAAGGAAGUGUUAGUUUACAGAUAUUAUUAGUGUGAACAUUAUUCACAUGAUUUUAUUAUUGUGGACGUAUGUAUGUCAUUUUAUGUGUGACAUAAUAAUUGAUUUUUCUUUCUAUUAUUUUUUUACAUAUUCAAACCAGACCUUAUGCAUCAUCCAGGACCUCAUUUUGGUUCCUAGGCCGUAAAGGUGCUGAUUUUUGUCUUGGUCCUCUUAAACACAUUGUUGUUCUUGCAGUACGCAUUUAAAUUUCAUGAACGUGCUGCCAUCUGUACUACAUGGCCACCAUUCUUCAGAAAAGAAAUUCUAAACAAUGCUACUUGCUGUCAAGAGCGGAGCACUCAAAACACAUUGGAUUCUCGCAUUGUUAUAGUCUGAAGAUAACCACUUCAUAGGACAGACAUCAUAAGAGAGAACAUUACAAGAUGCUGACAUUUAGCGACUUCAAGUCAUAAUCUGAUAUGACUUUAGCAUUCAAGUUUUUAUGAUAUUUUUCAUGAAAUUAAUAAAAUCUUGUUCCAUGGGGCAUAUUAUUCUUUUGUGAAAUGUAAAACCCGCCUUAUCUACAGAAAUUUUUCAUUGUGUUUGACUUAUUUCGAAAGAUUUUAUUAGAACAGAAUAAUAUUCUCUUCUUUAUAAUUCUUGAAUUAGGUAAAUGGUUUUAUUAAAUUUAAAAACUGCAAGGGUCUUUGUAACUGAUAAUUUGUAGCAAAUACCACUUCAUCUUCUUUGUUCUUGGCUCAUUCAUUUGGCUUCUUGUCUUGGCCAUAGCAGCAGCAGCAGAACACAGAUAUACGCCUUUAACUGAGGAAUGUAGAUGGUUUACCCAGCUAGGCUGGUCAAACAGGAACAAAAUAUGUAAUUUCAAGUGAUAUCGAUUGACUCCUUUUUUGUUGAUUGAAGAUGCGUUUUGGGAAGAAGGGAUAGCAUACCAUUAUAUUUGGGUAUUGGAGUGGCCAUGCAUGUGUACAUGCUGUUUAAUUUCUUUUGUAAUGUGAGAGAAGCCUUCAGUGGGGACCCCAAGCUUGUUCAGAAGAUCAGGGUUAUGUUGAAUGUAAUAAGGAAACAAUAUGCUGAUAGAAAAAUGUAUUAUAAAUGGUGAUAAAAGAUGGCUCCAUAUUCCACUCCACGAAGUUUGGCUAACUUGGUACUGUUUUGAGAUUAGGGAAAGAACUGAAUUGAACUAACGAGGGCAGGUUUUACUCCAAUGUGAACCUGAACAGAACUCUAUUAAAGAUUAUUUCCUUAAAAAUUUCAACUAUGCACCUUAAUUUAUUCUAAUUUACUUUGGGAUUGUAAAUAGAUUUAAAUCAUGAGUCGAAUUGGGUCCCCAUGUUGUGAAAAUUUGUUUUCAUUCACCGCAAGUGUAUUUAAUUCUAUAUGGAGCACAGUUCAUUGGCAAAAGGAUUGACGGUUUCAUUUAGUAAAUGUGAUCCCUUUCUUCAAAAGCAAGGGUCAAGAGCAUGUUUUGUGACGUGGAAUAAUGGAGAGACUAAUUGAUUACAAUUAGUAAAGGGCAUUAUGUUUUCGCUGAAAUCAACAUGGAUUCCUGCUGUGAACGUUCAUGACAUUAGUCAUCUAUUCUUUCGUUGGUGGAGGGAAAUUCUAAGGUGAAAAUAGUAAUCUAUAUAUGAUUUCUAUUCAGAAAGCAUAAGGCUUAGUAGCUGGGUUCAUACAGCUGAAUGGAUUGAAGAAUAAGGCUGGUACAUGCAAGCAGUAAAGACAACAAGUUCAAGAGUCAAGUGUGGAUGGUCAUCCUACUUGGUAAUUGAUUGUCAUUACAGAUUGAAUUUGUCACGUGUCUGUAUACACUGGUCAUGAUUGCGAUGAGAGUUUUAUAGGAAUCCAUAUAUCUGCCAAGUUAUGAGAGUUAUGAGAGUUUUACUGAUGGUAAAAUAAAAAGGGUAGAUGACAAGUUAAGGUUGUAGAGAAGGCACUAGGGCAAAGGAAUGAUGAUCAACCCAGACACAGUAUUAUGCUUAAAUAUGCAUAUAAUAAUUGAUAAUUUCUGGUUUGGAGAUAUGAAAUAUAAUGGUGUAAUGAUGCCUUCCCUUGAGUGCUUCAUUUCCUUGGGUUUGUGGGGAUUUUAGCUUCCCAUUUAUUGUGGUAAGCAUAUUCUGACGACUGAAAGGUUACUAUGAGGCUAGGGUUGGUGUAGCUGUGUCAUGUGGACAAGAUUUGGGCCGUAAAAGAUGUUUAUGCAAACAAAAUGAUGGUUAUUAUGAUUAGAAUAUUGAGCGGGAGAUUCAUUCGAAAUCUUUGAUCACCUAGAUUAUUUACUGAACGGUUUGGGAGCAUCAUCUAUCUGAAGAAUCCGAUGGUUUGGUACAUCUGUGAACAGAUUUCAUGGAAUGCUUUGUAGAAUCCGAUGAGAUCUUAUGUCAUUCUGCGCAACCUGUCAAAGCUCUACCAGGCACAGUUGAUGGCAGUUUUAUAUUUCAUUUUUUUAUUGGGACUGAUUUCAUGACCUAAUUAUGAGGUCUAAUUGUAGGAUAUUUUCAGCCCCCUCCAUUGUAACUGGAGUUACUAUUCUAGUCCCUUCUUGUUUACGAGAAGCCUGUUUAUCCCUCAUGAUGGGCAAGGAGUUUUCAGCCUGAUACGAUCCCCUUUGGUAGGAUCGGAUCUGAGUGAAUCAGAAGAGAAACAAUUGUAUAGAUCCUCAACUUGGGACAAUGUUGUAGGUAUAGAACGUCAGGAUGACAGUUCUAUUGAAGUACAAGAAAGGAAAGAGGGAAAGAAGAUUAAAAGGGUGGGGAAUGAAUUCGAGAGGAUUCCCCUGCCUGAACUGUUCUCCUCUUGAUGUCCCCCCAAGGUGUAUUUAUAGCCCUCACACAUGCUUUGCACGUGUCCCCCUCUUAUGCCUUCUAUAUGUCAGUAGCGGGAUCGUAACACAGCCAUUCCUGGCUUUUCUUGUCUUAUUAUCUUUUAUGUUGGCAUGAUGCCUACAGUUCGGUUCUGAUCUCAAUCCAGUUUUCUCUUAGGUUCUCUUGUCAUAAGUCUCUUAUUUGCAAUCUUGUACUUCAUUCUUCUUCAUUACAUCCGAUCCUUCUCCCAUUUUUUUAGUCAUGAUUUUCUGGCAUGUGCUGAGUUUUCAUCUGUCCCUAUAGGUACACUCCCGUUAUUAGUAUUUGCUUCCUUAAAAAAGAAACCAUUUUUUGUGGGUGUUUACUUAGAGUGGUUUAUUACCAGUACUAGAAUUGCUUGGUUUUGUGGACAGGGCUGAAAAAUCCGAAGAUAACCUGGAAUCGGGGCUAAAGUUUUGGGAUAAAAGUAAUGCCCAAGUCGUUGGUUGGAUUGUGAAUUGGUUGAACCGCAUGUUGGCAUAAAUCUGCCACUGUACAAGAUAUAAUGUGUCCUGUAUAAUUUUUCAAGAAGGUUAUAUCUUCAGUAUAACGAAUCAGGGAAGGACAAUUUGGAAUGAAUCCUUUUGCAGCGACCAAGUUAACGAAUUUAAUAGAUCAUCACCUUAUUUCCAAGGUGACUAGACAAGGUGCUACGCAUCUGCAGCCAUCUCCCAAUAGCUAUCCUUGUACUGGAUAUUGACUACCGGACACUAUGAUGAUAAUCUUGCCAAAAAUUGUAGAUAUACUACUUGAGACCUCAAAAAUUGGUAUCAUAGGUACUUUACAAAGGAUAGGCGUAUUUGGACUGACUGAAGGUGACAUCCAGUUAAGGCUUGUGAGCUAUAAAUUCAGUUCAGGCUUCUUCUACCGAUUCUAUUACUAUCAGAAGUCAGUCUUCUACAGCUCCUAUUCUUACUAAAUCUAUUGAAAAAUAGUCAGGACUAGCAGUGGGAUUAUAUUUUUUGCUAAUAUUUUAAAAGUUAUUCAAUAGGACUAUCACCCAGUUGUUUGGUCACUCUCCUUUUCAAAAUGGUAUUACCAAAUAUAAACAUCAACAUAUUGUUGGUGUUGCAUGUGCUCUUUCUCCUGAGGCUUUUAUUCUGCCAAACUUUUUAUGUGAAAAUGCUUGAAGUUAUGUCAUGGCCAAAAUUGAAUCCGCUACAAUUUUGGCAAAUUGAAUCAGUGAAAGCCUAUAUUUUCGUAUCUUUUAGAAACAAUCAAAUACCGAUCUCUCUACAUCUUAUAUGUUUUUUUUUGUCUAUCCUUCCCCUAGAAAAUCAUAAACUUUUAGUUCUAGUAGCAAGGUAUGGACUUCCUUAUUGUAGUCUGCAAAAAAAAGAUAUUUUGUCUCCGUUAAUGCCAUCUUCUGAAAUGAAAGCCCAUUACGUAUAAAUAGAUCUAUAAAGUUAAGCCAACAUUCGAUGUUCUUUUGGUUGGUACAUAGCUUGGCUGAUUUUGAUAAACGAUCAAAAAUAUGGUGUUAAUUAUCAUGACUCAUAUUCCAACAGAUAUGAUCGCAUCGCCUAUGUAGUUUAUUCAAUCUUUCUCUCAUUCUCUGCCCAAUUUUUAAAUAAACGUGAAAAAUGCCUUUUAAAGGGUUGAUUUAGAUGAAGUAUCCAUGACACUACCUGAUUUAAAUCGUGUUGCAAAACAAAUAGUAUGUAGACGUAGGAGAUCCUUGUAUAGCCUCAAGUAUGACCCAAGGACGGCUCAAUAAACUGUGGACAACUGUGUUUGAAGUGUUGUUCCAACGGAGCAUAUAUGAUUGUUCUCUUUUUAUGAUAUAAGCCUCUGAUAACAUUGCCAUUUGCUUCUAUAUGCAGGUAAUGUAAUGUUACAGUAAGUAUUUCUAUUAUUUUUGAGUGUAUCAAAAAUAUCUUAUAGAGAGUUUUUCAAAUCAAACAUCUCAAGCAUCUCAAUUUUUUUUUUAUUGUGGGAGGACAUAGAACUUCCAAUGGAAUUAAGCCUUCUCAAAUAAAUGAUGCAAGAUUUAAUUACUUGAGAAAUUUGGAUAACCGCAUUGUUGUUCUAACUCUAAUAAAAUUUAACUUGAAACUUCGUAGUGAAAAUGGCAGUUUUCUUCAUGAUACAACCGGCCACUGAGAUCUAGUUUGUAGCCUUAUCUCGGUUUUCUACUUCUUUUUAUUUUCUAUGCCCAUAAUUUGGUCAGUCAAUUUAUGACUGCUCGUAAAAUGCUUGGAUCCUGCCGUUGUUGACUGUAUGAUAUGUUCUACUGCUGUCCAACCUUGAUAUUAUCUACUUGUAGUGAUUCUGAUCAGGGUGGUUGGUCAAAAAACUAGGAACCUUUGCCAUCUGAUUGAUAUUGAAGUUUAUCAAUCAAAUCAAUGCUAUUCGAUCCUCCAACAUCAACCAAAUCAACCUUGAUAUGUUUUGUGAGAUUCUAUGCAUUCUGUUAUUAUUCUAUCUAUAACAAUGGGUAGCUGCUUUUAUGUCCUUUAGCUAGUCUAAAUGUAGCAUGUAGUCAGUCCCUUCUGCUGUGAUUUUAUUUAGCAUUUGUUAUCUCCCUACUGCCUUUAGGAAGCCUAUCUAUCCCAUGAGAUGGAAAGGGCAUUUCUUUUCUCUUGUUGUGACAUGUCUCAAUGAUGUCUUCUAGUUACAGAGCAAAUUAAAAUAUGGACGAUGUGAUUGAAGUGUACAAAUAAGUGAUGAGAUGUAGGUUAAUCUUCGCAUGAUUAAUUAGGUCUAGGCUGAAAAAAGCCUUGGUACUGAAAGAUGAUAUUACCAAUGCAAGAGAAAUAGGAAGAUUGGUGGUCUGUGUUCUAAGGGAUUGAUCUUAUGUUGUAUCUCCCUCUAUCUUGCAUCUCAGAACUAGAGGGUUUCUUUCAUUGAUUGAUUCGUUUUCUAUUUUAAAAUAUUAUUUUCAACUUAAACAUCUAAUUUGCAGUUUGAAUGAUAUUUAUUUGACUAAAUUUCUUGUGUGUAGGGUACAUGGCUCUUCUUGUUGGCGUAUCUUUUGGUUUUCUUGGCUGUUUCCCGGCUUAAGCUGUUGAACUUCACUUUUGUAUAGUUUUGUUAUUGACUUUUUGUACCGCAUGCAUCUUUUUUGUCUACCUAGUCAACCUCUCUUCUAGGCAAUAGAUGCUGUGUCUGAUUUUGUCUUCUUCUCUUCAUGGGGCUUCUCUUCUGUGGAACCAGCUUUUGAUAGCAUUGUGCAAUCAGUGGGAGAUUAAUGUGAAGAUUUUUGCCUAAUGUUAAUGAGUUGUUUAGACAUUGGGGUUUUUCCAUUCAAAUCCUGUGCUGACUCCAACUUGAAGGCUUUGGGCCCUCAUGUCAGUAACAUUGACCUGGUGCCAUGUUGCAUCCUUUGUAGAGUUUGAUCUCUGCUGUUAAGAAGAAGAUUUUGAUGGAAAAUAUGUCAGACAGAAGCUUAUUGAAAUGGUAUUGGCAUUUUAUUUCUUAUUUAAAAGCAUAAAAUAAGAAAACUUAGAAAGGACCUUUAAUAUAAAUUUCAUCAUGUAUGGUUCUAACCCCACAACCUAGACCAAUCUGACCAUCCUCACAGUGGAGGUGUCUGGCAGGGGAACCAGGAGCCUGGUGACAAUGGUCAGUGGUGACCAAUGAGGAUAAACAGUGCACCCUUUUGCAGGGAAAAGAUAUGGUCACUGUAUAGGAGCGUUUCCACACAUUUUCCUGUUGAAUGAAGAAAACCAAUUUCCGUAUAAUUCUUUGUCUGCACAUUACACAGGUUUAAACCUGAUUUUACUUUUAGUUUAUGAAUUUCUUGGGCCAUGAUAAGGUGUUGUGGAGAAGUAUUUAGCAUGACGAUUGAAUGUGGCAUUUAGCUUUUUUUUACAGCUCAUCAUUUCCUUUUAUCUGACUGUUCUCAUCGCAGUGGAUUAUUGUGAUUUUUCUAUCCUUCGUUGGAGAUUUUUUUUUUCGUUUCUUUCCAUUGCAUCAGACUUGAUGUUGCUGCUGUCCUCUUUGACCUACAAAAGCUUUCAAAUUCCAGGUGAUGUUAACAGCAUCAGAGUCGGAUCUGGGACUAACAUACAAGACAAUUCUCUCGUGCAUGUGGCCAAGUCUAAUUUAGCUGGGAAGGUCUUCCCAACAAUAAUUGGAGACAACGUUACAGUUGGUGAGUCACUCAGUUUUGGGUUCUGCGUCCCUUUUUGCCUGCAUCAGUGGCACUUGCCAUUUGAUCUUGUGUAUCAGAAGGUUAUUUUCUUCUAAGAGACUGCCCCAGGGCCGCAUUCAAUCACAUUUUUCCGUGGGGAUUAAACUUCUCUUCCUUCACUAUACUUUUUUGCCUACUUGAUGUUAUAUCCUUCUUUCUAACUAGGUUCGGGUCGAGACGAGACCCUUGAGGAUUUACUUUGUGGGAAGCGAUUUUCUUUUAAAUGCCUGGCUUUUGUAGGGCACAGUGCCGUCUUACAUGGGUGCACUGUAGAGGACGAGGCGUUUGUUGGUAUGGGUGCGACCCUGCUUGACGGAGUUGUGGUCGAGAAGAACGGAAUGGUCGCCGCCGGAGCUCUUGUGAGACAGAACACGAGGAUCCCUUCUGGGGAGGUCGUCCCUGAACACCGUCUCGUCUGCUUAUAGCGUUCAUCACAGUUUUUCGUAACUUUGCAUGCAAAAGUCCUGUUAAAGUGGGCGGAUUAGCAUGCAAAAGAAAAUAACGGUUGAGGCAAAAAAAAAAACGCAGGCCUAUAUUCGUUUGAUUAUUAUCGCUGAAAGGCUUUCUUUGUCCAAUGUGUAUUGAUCUCACACCCAUUUCCAUCUAGAUUUUUCCACAAAGCCAGCUGCAUACCCUCAACCAAACUUUUGGAGAUCCUGUCCCCACUUUACUCAUGAGCCCACCCACGAGUAAAAGUUUGAAUAUUAUGAGGUUCUGCCAAGAUUUUCUUCCAGCAUAUAUGUUAUGGUUGUUGUGGAAUAAAUCAUUGGAGCUGUCGAUUGCAGGUUUGGGGAGGGAAUCCGGCAAGGUUCCUGCGGAAGCUCACCGAGGAAGAGAUUGCCUUCAUCUCCGAGUCGGCUGCGAACUACAUGAAUCUGGCCCAAGUCCACGCUGCAGAGAAUACCAAGGCCUUUGACCAGAUUGAUCUGGAGAAGGCGCUCCGCAAGAAGUUCGCCCGCCGGGACGAGGAGUACGACUCAAUGCUGGGGGUCGUCCGCGAGGUCCCCCCCGAGCUGAUACUCCCCGACAGCGUUCUUCCUGGCAAAUCCCCCAAGCUUGCUCACUGA